CCGCCCAGGGUCGCUUUCCGUGUCGUCGACGGAGGAAGGUCCAAUUAAAGUUGCCAUCUACCGUCCGCCGCGUGACGUCACAAAAGGAACGCCGCCAAUGGCGGCUAGGGUGUCGGUGCAGAAACUUGGCCAGCCGGAUGUUUGAGGAAGAGUGGACCUUCUUUUUCUGAGUGUGCGCUCCGUCGAGUUCGUACCCAGCGAUCGACGGAUCUCAGCGAACCCGGUGUUCCGACCAGUGCAGUGCGUGAACCCUUCGUGCCGAGCCCGAAUUGUGCCCCGGACCCCUUGGAUACACCGACAGCGGGUCUCGCCGUCCUGCGCGUCGAGCGGCCGAUCACUGAGGAUUACGCGUGAAAACGCCGAAGCGGAGGGAUACAGCGUGCCGCCGAUCAACGCGGCAACGUUCGUCCGCCUACCAUCGCCUCAACAGACUGGACCGCCCGAGAAACUUCCGGCUCCGGCCAAGAAACAGGGCACUGGGUGCACCAUGAUGGCUGCCUGAGUCCCAACUGGGGUUCUACUGCAAGCUCUGUUGAGUGUGUCCAGCAUGGUCUCCACCCAGACUGCCAUGCCCCCUCCGGCGCCACCGCCCCCUGUCAGUUCUCCAAUGAAUGUUCAGCAGGUCCCACAACAGGUGGUGGUGAGUGCUCCAGCCACCAUGGCAGUGACGACGUCGGUGGCAGUGUCCCAGGUGCCGAGCCACGUCACCAUGACAACGAGCGCGCUGGGACAGUCGCCAAUGAACCCGCCCCCCCACUCGUCCACAUGUACGGUCAUCCCGCAGCAGACGAUCCAGAGCAUGGCCCAGUCACACAUGCAGCCGGUGCAGGUGAUCCAGCAGCCGCUGCACAACCACGCCUACCUGCCGCAGCUGUACUCUGCUCAGCAGCAGAUGCUGCUGCCGGGAAACCUGACGAUUCAACAGCACAACAUGGGAGCGCUUCAGGGUCUCAACCUGCAGCUGCAGCAAGGCAAGGCCCCCGGACACGUGGACCCUUCCAAGGGCAACGCUGGACCCCACGGGACCACGACCAUCAUCCCUGCCGUCUCCAUCGCCGGUGUCACCCCCGGAGCCAAGGGGGUGAGCAUGAGCAGUGCCCCGACGCUGGUGACGACCAACGGGCAGAUGAUGGCGGCAGGCGGGGGCAAGCCCUGCCUGCCCACGGCCCAGAUGCUGGCCAAGGGGACCGUCAUGGGGCCGGGCACUUACGUGCCUGCAACGAGCGCCAACCAGCAGACACUGGUCAUCAACCCGCUGGGCAUCCUCUCCACAGGCCAGAGCAUCCUGCCCGCGCAGCACGGCCCCAAAGGCCUGGACAAGGGCAAGCCCUACAUGGUAAAGCAUGCUUCCUUGAUGUCCCACAAGGUCCCCACCUCUUACGCCCAGGUGAUGAGCCAGCAGACGCCGCUGCAGCCCAAGUCGCCCUUGCUCGGGGCCGGGGGAGCCACCCUGUCCCAGAUGGGGGCCCAGCAGCAGGUAGCCACAGCCCAGGUGCUCAGCCCGAGCCAGUUCAAGCAGCUCUCACAGAACAACCCCCAGCUCAUCUCUAGCCAGCCACCUACCGUCAUCAGCCAGGCACAGCUCCUGGGGUCCCUCCAGGCCCUGAAUGCCACUUUCCCGCACGGCAUCACGUGGGCCAACCCGGGCCAGCUGCAGUCUCCCACGCUGCUCACCCAGAACCCGAUCUACAUCCGCAGUCAGCAGUCGGACGUCUUCCUGCAGCCGGGGCCCCAGCAGGGCGCCACGCUGCAUGCGCUGCCCGUGGCCGCCCCCGUCGCCCAGGCCCCCACCGUCAUGCAACAGCAGCCCCAGCAGCAGCAGCAGCAGCUGCAGCAGGCACCCAAGCCCAAGCAGGUCCGACCGGCCAGCUCGGUUGCCACCCAGACGGCCACCUCGGCUUCCGUGACUGUCAACGCACACGUGCUUCCGUCGAGAGCUCAGGCCAAGCCAAGGAUCCGCGCACAGACAAACCGGACUUCGGCCUGUCCUGGGCAGCAGCAAGUGAUAAUCCACACGCAGACGGCCAACACGCAGACGCAGACGUUUGCUGUUCCCCAGCAGCAGGCGCAGCAUCACCACACUCACCACCAGCAGAAUCUUCAGCAGCAACAGCACACUCAUCAGCACCCACAAUUUCAGCAUCAGAUACAGCAGCAAAUUCACCAGCAGAUUCAACAGCAACAACAGCAGCAACACCAACAGCAGCAGCAACACCAACAGCAGCAACAGCAGCAGCAGCAACAGCAGCAACAGCAGCAACAGCAGCAACAGCAGCAACUACAACAACAGCAACAACAGCAACCGCAGCAGCAACUACAACAGCAGCAACCGCAGCAACAAAAAGCCGACGCAGCGAACCAGACAACAGUUGCUCAGCAUCAACAACACCAGCAGCAUCACCAGCAACAACAUCCACAGCCACAGCACGCGCAGCAACAACACCAGCAACAACAUCCACAGCCACAGCAUGCGCAACAACAACAACAUCAGCAGCCGCAACAGCAGCAGCCCCACCAUCAGCUUCAGCAGUCACAGCCGCAGGCACAGCCACAACCGCAGCAGCAACCGCACCACCACCACCAUCACCACCACCAUCACAAUCCCCCGAUCCAGCCGCGGCUGGUACCCGAGAUGAAGAGUGCGGGCACCCAGAGCGGCACCAAGGCGGUCACCGGAGUUCCGCCAGAGCCCAAGCAACAGGCUGGGGUGGCCCAGGGACACCACGCCGUCGUCGGUCACGUGGGCAGCCACCCGACGGCCGGCAACGCCGGUCACGCGGGCGCCGCGCACGCGCACCAGACCGUGGGCAGUCACGGACCGGGAGUUGGCCAUGCCGGCGCCAUGACAGGUGGCCACGUGGCCAUUGCCCCGCACCACAAGGCCCCUGUGGGAGUGCCGUCGCCCCCGGUGGCGACAGCGCCACCACCCCUCCCGGCGAUGGGCAAGGGCCCUGCAGAGGACAAGGUUGAGGUCUCUGCGCCCCCGGAAGCCUCGAUGCCUUACGACAAGCAGGGCGGGGAGACCAAGGCAGAGGCCAUGGCCAACGGGGGAGCGGUCACGCCGCAGAUGACCAUGCUCACGGCCUCGGAGCCCGUGCGCCCGCCGCCCCAGAAGGCGGUGGUCAAGCCCAACGUGCUCACCCACGUCAUCGAGGGCUACAUCAUCCAGGAGGGGCCAGAGCCCUUUCCGGUGAGCCGCUCGUCACUCAUUGCUGAGACCGAGUCCCCCAAACCCAGUGCCGAAACCAACGGAAAGGUGGAGAACGAAGAACUGCAGCAGGUUGCUCAAGGAAAGAUCACCAAGAAGAAGAAGAUGGGAAGAAAAAGCUGGAGGAAGGUGCAGGUGACCAACCUGCCUGCCUACUCGGCCGAUAAAUGGGCGCAGCAGCAACCACAACUGCAGCAGCAACAGCAACAGCCACAACAGCAACAGCCACAACAGCAACAGCCACAACAGCAACAGCUGCAACAGCAACAGCUACAACAGCAACAGCUACAACAGCAGCAGCCACAACAGCAGCAGCCACAACAGCAGCAGCCACAACAGCAGCAGCCACAACAGCAGCAGCCACAGCAACAGCAGCCGCAGCAGCUGCAGCAGCAGCAGCAGCCACAACAACAGCAGCCACAACAACAGCAGCAUCAACAGCAGCAGCCACAACAGCAGCAGCCACAGCAACAGCAGCUGCAGCAGCAGCAGCCGCAACAUCAGCAGCCGCAACAUCAGCAGCCGCAGAUUCAGCAACAGCAGAAUCAGCAACAGCAGAACCAGCAGCAGCAAGCGCAGCAGCAGGCACCAUGCAAAGACAAAGUGCAGGCCAUGGACACGAGUACUGAGCAGACGCCCGCGAGGGAAGCGGACGUGCCGAGUUUCCCGGGAGCAGAGCAGCCGCUCCACAAACCGGAAAGCUCCGUGGAGUCUCCGGCAGCAGCACCCACGGAAAUGGAAGUGGACGCGUCCCCAGCCGCCCUGCCGAGCAAGAGCCCCCGCAUCUGGACGGUCCAGGAGGUGGCAGACUACAUACAGGAACUGCCCGGCUGCACAGACUAUGCAGAGGAGUUCCGGUCGCAGGAGAUUGACGGCCAGGCGCUGUUGCUGCUCAAGGAGGACCAUCUCAUGACGGCCAUGAACAUCAAGCUGGGGCCGGCGCUCAAGAUCUGUGCCAAGAUCAACUCCCUCCGGGAGGAACAGUAACCGCCACCCGGGCGUGGCCACCGCAUGUGUUCCAAGUCUCCCCGCACAGUGCUCAAAGGGUGCGCAGGCGCCGUCUUCCGCCACUUCCGUCGGCCACGUGGCUCCCGUUCCCAACAACCGCCGCCGUACGGCGGCAUCGUGGUCGACCGAGUCAAGAUGGGCAGCGAUGCGCGUGAAAGUGCGCUCCGGCAAAGGGCGACCAGAGAGGACCGAACGUGGGAAGUGGCCUGCAUUUCAUGCGAAUAGCCGGGCUUUCCUCCCAACGAGAAGUCCGGAAGACUUUCCUUUCCCGUUUUUUUCUUUAUUUCUUUGAGAAGAAAGAAAAAAAUGUGGUGGGUGGCAGUUUGCUUUACGGAGAGGAUGAUUUACAUCCAAAGGAUGGAGAAGUUCCUCUCGUCUCUUUUUGUCCGACGAACGACCCGGAGGUGCAAUCUAACGCUCACUUUUUAUUUAUUGUUGUGGAGGUAAGGACACUACCGGGAAGAAAGGCCUUCCUCUCUACGUCUUCAGUGUGGUCUUGUGAAGCCCGUUACGACAGGUUAACGAGAAGAAGCUCAUCUCGCACUUCUGUCGAACUGUACAGACCUUCGACCUCAAACUGCCGCUGUUUACGGAUUUUGAUCCUUGUGCCCUAGCUCCCAUUUGUUUGCACAUUUCGCGUGAUGGGUCGUACAUAGCCUUAUAUUUUUUUUUUGCAGCCAGUAGGAGGAGAAAAAGUGUUGUAAGUGAAGUAUUUUGUAUUUAUUGCCUCGCUGGAAGAGUACAGUAAUUAUUACUUAAGAGGAAGGUGCCCAGAUGUUAAUAAAAUGCUUUGUCCUCUCAAAA